AGCCGGAUGGACAGAUGAAAAAAAACAGAGUAUAGUCAUAGAUAUAGGCCUAGUAUUAUUCACUGGCCCACCCCGGAGGGAGAGAGAGAGAGAGGGAUUGGGUGGCGUGAGGGACUUCCUAUUCCUACAGGGAACACGGAAGGAAACCAGGAGCGAAACAGACCAUGGCGAGUGCAAACAAAAGGACCACCUUCGCCUUGGCGACAGUGGCCAUCAUCGUCAUAGUGAUCAUCAUCUUGUGCCUGGUGCCCGACCCUAGUCGCAGACACGACCCGCGCCCGGAGCGUAAGGCUGCAAAACAUUUGCCCUACAAAGGUAACAUUACAGACCAGCAGACAACUUCAACAGCCAGUCCCUCAACAACAGUGAGAACCUCAUCAACAACGAGGAAACAAACAGAACCCCCUACAACAUCCCCUCACCCACCAACAUCGACCUCAACAUUCUCAGUCUCAUCCCCUUGGUCAACAGAGGACUUGUAUCCCGUAAGCCUCCAACUUCCAGCUGCACCUAAAGGGGCGUGUGACACAGAGGUCUGCACAGAAGUGGCAAGGCGGAUGCUGGACAUGAUGGACCCGGGAGAUGUUGAUCCCUGUGACGACUUCUACCAGUAUUCAUGCGGAGGUGUGCUGGACGACCCAUUUCUGAAACCAGAAGACCCACAGGUUUUUGCAGACAAAAUCAUUAAAGAGGCCCUAACCUAUGGCCCAAAGGACGAUGAAGAUCUGGAGAAUCUCUUCAUCACAUAUGAUUCUUGUCUGAACUACAGUAACUACAAUGAGGAUGAACGUUUCAUUAGUGCCCGGGAAGUCUUUGAGGAACUUGGGUAUCAAUUCAGCCCACUACCAGGAUCCGAAUUUGAUGUUGGAGAAGCUUUGCUCAAAACGAUGAAGAGGCACUUUACACCAUUCUUCGACAUUAAUAUUGACAUUUCUCAAGAUAAGGAGUCUACCAGCUUAAAGAUGGUUCUGCCAACCGCUGCAUCAGCCUUUACCAAUGAGAGAGCCAAGGACAUCUGUGUCGCAGAAUAUAAGGUAAAAGAGGAAGAGGCAAAAUACAACAAAUUAGCUUUCGACGUUAACUCACAAUAUGAACAUUAUAUAUAUACUUCACAAAAACACACAGAUUUUUGCAAAUCAACAAAAGCCCAUUUCUCCAGAAGGCAUCUCACAUUUCCAUUGACGUUUUUAAAUUACUCAUCAGUUAAAGAUGGAAAAGGAGACUUUUCCAUUUCAAAUGAAAUAUGCAGACAAAUAUAA